CGUUUUCCUUAACGUUGCUCAAUUAAUUCAAAAUGUAUCAAACGAGCGUGGAAAAUUCUUGCACGCGAAAAAUUUCUAUCGCAACGGAAGAAUACGUUAUGAAGAUAAAUGAUAUUCGCGAUACCGUAAGUUCUUUAGAGGAAAGUUUAAUGGUUUCACGAAGUUUGGAGGCGGAACGAUGGCUUCUGUACUCGAACCUGAAGACAAAGAACAAAGUAGCGAUGGAUGAUUUAAAGAAAGCGAAUGACCAUAAUAAAAAUAUGUUAAAUUUAUUCAGGCAGAGCGUCACGGAUAUCCGUCUUGGAAGUCAAACUGCCUUACCAGAAUCAUUAAAGAGGGAGGUACAAAGAAAUUGGCACCAAAAGUACGACACAUUGUUAAAACAAAAUGAACAAUUAAAAGAAGAAGUAAUUACCAAGAAUGCUGUAAUUAAAGAAAAGGCACUGGAGAUUGAUAAUCUUCAACAGAAGCUAUUGACUCUUGGUGACAGACUCGUCGAGCGUAACGAGGCCGUAGAAAACAUUUGUAAAAAGUACUUGAACCUGAAGAAGCGAAAGGAUGAGCAAGAAAUCCUGCUACGAGGCUCUAUUGAAACCCUGCAGGAUGCACUGAAAAACAAGAACAGUGUAACUGGAAGUAAAAGUGCUGAAAUGUCUUUAAUGCCCAGUAAAGAUGCAUUGUUGGCUCGAGAAAGACGACGCAGCGAUCGUUUGGCUUACGAGAAUUCUCUACUUAGAGUUCUUCUGCAGGAAGCAAAGCGUGGAUAUCAAGUCAGCGGAAGUAGCAGUGUCAUCUCAUUUGAAAAAACCACUUGAACCACCCUUACAGUUUUCGUGA